AUGUUGAUUCCUGUCUCCAGAACUUUCAAGGCUCAACAGCUCUACAUCGGCUCAGCGGUCGGAGUUUCCCAGCUUCCUCUUCACCGCUGCGAUGUGUAUGGGAAAGCCUGCGCUGAGUGCUGCCUGGCCAGGGACCCCUACUGCGCUUGGGAUGGGGCUUCCUGCUCCCGCUACUUUCCCACGGCCAAGAGGCGCACCAGACGACAAGACAUCCGAAAUGGAGACCCUCUAACUCACUGCUCAGACCUCCAGCAUCCAGACAACCCAAGUGGGGCCGGGCUUGAAGAGAAGAUUAUUUAUGGCGUAGAGAACAGCAGUACUUUUCUGGAGUGCAGCCCAAAAUCUCAACGUGCUUUGGUCUACUGGCAGUUUCAGAAGCAAAAUGAGGAGCGGAAAGAAGAGAUCAAAGUGAAUGACCGUUUGAUCCGGACAGAGCAAGGUCUUCUUCUUCGGAGCUUGCAGCGGAAGGAUUCAGGACUCUACUUCUGCUAUGCGGUGGAGCAUGGCUUCAUGCAAACCCUCCUGAAGGUCACCUUGGAGAUCAUAGACACGGAACACCUGGAAGAGCUUCUUCAUAAAGAAGAAGAAGGAGACAGUUCCAAGAUCAAAGAGGCCUCCAAUGGCAUGACCCCCAUCCAGAAAGUGUGGUAUAGAGACUUCAUGCAGCUCAUCAAUCAUCCCAACUUAAACACAAUGGAUGAAUUCUGUGAGCAGGUGUGGAAACGGGACCGCAAACAACGCCGACAGAGACCUGCUAAUGCCCAAGUGAACCCAAACAAGUGGAAGCAUCUACAAGAAAAUAAGAAAGGUAGGAAUAGAAGGACCCACGAGUUUGAGAGGGCACCACGAAGUGUCUGAGCGACAGUUACCUCCCAAAAAAACCGUUUUAAUCCAAGUGAAACCUUGUAUAACUGGAAAUGAAAUGCAAUAUAGAUGGACGUUUUCUAUGGCAUUUAUGUGGAUGUUUACAAAGAGCUGGGAAGCUUCAAUGAUUUCUGCUUGGUUGAAAAUGGACCCAGUUUGCUGAAACGUUUCCUGUUGGGCCCCGAUGUUGACCCCCCUGAUGUUUCUGGAACAUAAACUCGCUCUGAAACCAAAGUAUGGUUUUGUGGUUUUUGCAGUGAACAAAUUUGGCAUUUCUCUUCGGACUGAAGUAUAGAGAGGACUAUCAUCGGUCAUGCUGCCAUUUUGAAAAGGAAUUCUGAGGAGAAAAAAUGCUCUCUGGGACUUCGCUUGAACUUGACUAAAAAAAACUGCAUGGAUUUCGGAAAGCUAAGGAAUAGAGACUUCACACUUGGUCAUAUGCAAGACCUUUCCACCCUUUUUGCCUACUAGUUCUCUUGUUUAUAUAUGUACUGGAAGAAUGGAAUUAAUACUGUAUGCAAUUACUCAUUAGAGUCACAUGGACAUCAACCAUUAAUUACCUGAAGCCGUGGCAACAGCAGAUGGAUUGUUCUGGUCCUACUACUGAUGACUUCCCUAACGUUUGACUUAAAGAUGUAUUUUAUUAAACAAACUAUUUAAAUAUACCACAACCAAUAUGCAGUCAAAGAUAGCUCUUUUGGGGGAGGGGGAGAUAGAAUAGGAUUUUUGUCUGAUAAUAUUCUGAUAUUCUAAUUGUUAUUUUAUUUUAUUUUUUUAAUUAGGAAAAAAGCUCCAGGUUUACGUUUGCUCAGUUUUAAUUCUUUGUUUAUUGUGCUGUAAUUCCAUACAGACAGUGAGAUAACUCAAUGAA